AUGGCCAACUUCUACGAAGUGUUGGGGGUGCAGUCCAGUGCCUCUCCAGAGGAUAUCAAGAAAGCCUACCGUAAACUGGCCUUACGAUGGCACCCUGACAAGAACCCUGACAACAAGGAGGAGGCAGAGAAGAAGUUCAAGCAGGUGUCUGAGGCCUAUGAGGUUCUCUCUGACUCCAAGAAGCGCUCCCUGUAUGACCGCGCGGGCUGUGACAGUUGGCGGGCAGGUGGUGGGGCGAGCCCACACUACAACAGCCCCUUUGACACUGGUUACACCUUCCGAAACCCUGAGGAUAUCUUCCGCGAGUUUUUUGGUGGCCUAGACCCCUUCUCCUUUGACUUCUGGGACAACCCGUUCAACAGUGACCGUGAUGCCCGGGGCUGUGGUCUGCGUGGGGCCUUCUCAGCCGGCUUUGGCGAGUUCCCAGCCUUCAUGGAAGCCUUUUCAGCCUUUGACAACAUGCUGGGCCGUGGAGGGGGUGGCAGCCGCACCACCUUCUCGUCCACCUCCUUUGGGGGAGCUGGCUCAGGCAGCUCAGGGUACAAGUCAGUGAUGUCAUCCACUGAGAUGGUCAACGGACGGAAGAUCACCACCAAGCGCAUUGUGGAGAAUGGUCAGGAACGUGUGGAGGUUGAGGAGGAUGGGCAACUCAAGUCAGUGACCGUUAAUGGCAAGGAGCAGCUCAAACGGGUGGACAGCAAGUAA